AAAGAACAGAUCACAGACACGUCAUAACCUUUUCGUACGAUGUUCAACGUUGUUUUCUCAUUGUAAUUUCUUGUACAACGUAUGAACAAAAUAGCAAAGCAUUUAUGAUAAUUUGGUAAAUGAUGCGUCUCGCGAUGACGAUGAACGUCAAAUUGUUGCCAAUUCUGCGGCAUCGCGGCAUAAUCGCGCGUUCCUUCAACAAAGGUCGGUCAGCCGAUCAUCAGGCGCUCUCGAUUUUCGUUAAACCACAACAAGCACGAGCGGAGUAUUUUGCUGAAAAAUCAAGGUUAUUGAGAAAUGUACGCGGACGUUGGUUUCACCCCGCGGUGAUGUCAGUGAGAUUUUAUGCGAAAACUUUCAGUCGAAAUCCACCGAGUGACGGAGAUGGAGAUCAACCGGGAGAUUAUUCUGCUUCCUUACCUGCGACCGUAGUGGUACCUGAAGUAUGGCCCCAUGUACCAGUCAUUGCUAUUAACAGAAAUCCAGUGUUUCCUAGGUUUAUCAAGCUCAUUGAGCUUACAAACCCAAUUUUGAUAGAUUUGAUACGUAGGAAAAUUAAAUUAAAUCAACCUUAUGUAGGAGUCUUCUUGAAGAAAUCUGAAGAAAAUGAAGCUGAGAUUGUUCAAAGUUUGGAUGAUAUUUAUUCUAUUGGAACUUUUGCACAAGUACACGAAGUACAAGACUUAGGCAAUCGAAUGAGAUUGGUAGUUAUGGCACAUAGAAGAAUCAAAAUUAUUCAUCAGAUACUUGAAGACAGCGACGCAAAAUCAGGACCGCAGGACGACUCUAUGACCACUGGCAAGAUGAGUCGAAGAUCGUUGCGUAAGAAAAUGGAGAAUAAAGUUGUAGAACAAAGUGAAAAAGUCAGUCAAGAGACGGAUCCUACGGAAAUAAAACCGUCAGUAGAUUCAACGGAAAAAAACAUGAAGAAACCAUUAGAUACGCCCGGUAGCCUACCUAUAUUAAUGGUGGAAGUUGUAAAUGUUACGCACGAAAAGUUCAAGCAAACCGAAGAGAUUAAGGCUCUGACACAAGAACUAAUUAAGACGAUACGGGACAUAAUCAGCAUGAAUCCUUUAUAUCGUGAAUCUCUGCAACAAAUGUUGCAUCAAGGACAAAGAGUUGUGGAUAAUCCAGUCUACCUCAGUGAUUUGGGCGCUGCCUUAACCGGAGCGGAUGCGGAGGAAUUGCAGCAGGUCCUAGAAGAAAUGGAUAUUAUAAAAAGGUUGAGACUGUCGCUCGCGCUUCUGAAGAAAGAAUACGAGUUGAGUAAGCUGCAACAGAAAAUUGGCAAAGAGGUCGAAGAGAAGGUAAAGCAACAACACAGGAAAUACAUUCUUCACGAACAGUUGAAAGUUAUCAAAAAAGAGCUAGGGCUGGAGAAAGAUGACAAAGAUGCGAUAGAAGAAAAAUACCGGGAAAGAAUAAAACAGAAGAUAGUUCCUAAACCAGUAAUGGAUGUCUUGGAGGAAGAAUUGAACAAAUUGUCCUUUUUAGAAAAUCACAGUAGUGAGUUCAAUGUUACAAGAAAUUAUCUAGACUGGCUUACAUCCAUGCCAUGGGGUGUGACAAGCGCAGAGAAUUUGAAUCUUCAGGAAGCUGCUGAAAUUUUGGAUCAGGAUCAUUAUGGAAUGGAAGAUAUCAAGAAAAGAAUUCUCGAAUUUAUUGCUGUCAGCCAACUGAAGGGCACUACACAGGGCAAGAUACUAUGUUUCCAUGGGCCUCCUGGUGUAGGCAAGACCUCCAUAGCUAAAUCAAUCUCUCGUGCCUUGAAUAGGGAGUAUUUUAGGUUUAGCGUUGGUGGUAUGAUGGACGUGGCGGAGAUUAAGGGACAUAGACGAACAUAUGUGGGUGCUAUGCCAGGCAAAGCUAUACAGUGCCUAAAAAAGACCAAAACCGAGAAUCCACUGGUUCUCAUAGAUGAAGUGGACAAGAUCGGCAAAGGAGGCUACCAAGGUGAUCCAGCGUCUGCUCUUCUCGAGAUGCUCGAUCCAGAGCAGAAUGCAAACUUCUUGGACCACUAUCUGGACGUUCCAGUGGAUUUAUCAAAGGUUUUAUUCAUCUGCACGGCGAAUGUCACAGAUACUAUUCCGGAGCCUCUGAGGGACCGUAUGGAGAUGAUAGAUAUGUCGGGUUAUGUGGCCGAGGAAAAACUGGCUAUCGCGAAACAAUAUUUGAUUCCACAGGCCAGGACCGAGUCUGGUCUCAAUAACGAGCAAAUUAGCAUGGACGACAACGCGCUCUCGGUAUUGAUAAAGUCUUACUGUCGCGAGUCUGGAGUGAGGAACUUGCAAAAGCACAUUGAGAAGGUGCACAGAAAGGUGGCGCUCAAGAUCGUGAAAAAGGAAGCCGAGAAGAUUACCGUCACUGGCAGCAACUUGCACGAUUUUGUAGGCAAACCCGUAUUCACACACGACCGAAUGUACGACAUCACACCGCCCGGAGUAGUGAUGGGACUGGCGUGGACCGCCAUGGGCGGUUCUACUUUGUUCAUCGAGACUACCAUCAGGAAGCCGACCGGCGGCAAGAAGUCCGAGGGCACUUUCGAAGUCACCGGACAUCUGGGCGAUGUGAUGAAGGAAUCGAUACAUAUCGCGAUGACUGUAGCGAGGAAUCACUUGAAACACGUGGAUCCUGCAAAUACAUUUCUCUAUGACUCUCAUAUACAUAUACAUGUGCCCGAGGGUGCCACACCGAAGGACGGUCCGAGCGCAGGCGUGACGAUCGCUACGGCGUUGCUCUCCCUCGCGAAGAACCAAGCUAUCAGACAAGACGUGGCGAUGACGGGUGAAGUGAGUCUCAUCGGCAAGGUGCUACCUGUCGGUGGUAUUAAGGAGAAAACUAUCGCGGCGAAACGAGUCGGCGUGAAAUGUAUAAUUUUACCCGACGAAAACAAGAAAGAUUUCGAUGAUUUGCCCAACUACAUUACAGACGGGCUGGAGGUGCAUUUUGCUUCAACUGUCGACGAUGUUUACCGUAUAUGUUUCACACAGACGAAGGAGACCAGUUCCUUCGAAUCUGAUAAACCGUUUAACGCUCAAGUUUCACCCACACAACCGGCAUUUGGGUAAAUCCAAGUAGCAUUUGGAGUGGUGUGUUGUUGAUUGGGAAUAUUCUUUUUUCCGAUAUUUUAUUUUCUAUAUAAGGCAUACAAUAAUUACAAGUAUAAUUUGUACAUUAAUUAAUGUUCCACACAAAAAUAAGAAAAAUAUAGGUAGAUCACUGUACAAAAUAAACAGAUCUUUUAAAUAGGCCUUUUGUGUUGUGCCGAAGAUAAAGACUCUUUUGAUUCAGUAAGUAUGCUCAAAUACGUUCUUAGAGAACGUUUUUUAGUUGUAAAUAGUAAGAACUUUGUUACAAUGGCUGAGUGUGAUCAUUCAAAAAGUAUCAUUACUCAUCUUAUGUCACACUUAUACAUAUAUAUAUAUAUAUAUAUGUAGUUGAAGUUAUGUUACCGCAAAAGUUUAAGGAAUAGAAUUAUGAAUUGUCAUAAAAUUCAUGCUAAAUAUAACAAAUUUUU